AAUCACAAGACAUCGCUCUCUCUCUCUCUCUCUUUCUCUCUCACACAUACACCACUCAAAACGGGCUUUGAGUCCCUCUCUCUGCAAGACUGCAAGUCUCUUUGUCUUAAAGAAGACGAAACGACUAGCUUCGUCUCUCACAUACAGAUUCACAGACACUAUCUCUCUGCAUUUUCUCAUAGAGACUGAGAGAGUAGCUUAAAGCUUCGAAGCAAAUAAAAUUAUAAUUUUUUUUAAAAAAUAGAAGAGGAAGAAAAAAAAAAAAAAAAAGAAAGAAAAGGAAACGAUGUUGUUCGCUUUUGUGUGCCAAACCAUGUGAGCUCUGACACAUUCUCUGCUUCUUCUUUUUCUUUCUCUUUUUCUUCUUCUAUUUGUUUGAAGUGUUUUCGUCCGAGUCACCGACUCAGAUGGCAUCGUCGUCUCGAGCACGGAGUAGCUCGCCGUUCUCGCAUCGGAAACCUUCGACGCCGUACUCUUCCACUUCUUCGUCUUCUUCGUUUAUGAACGGCAGGCUAAUGCCUCGUUCCUGCUCCUCUUCUGCAUCUUCGUAUUUCAACUCGGGCGGUGGACUCGGGUCCCGAUCCAUGACGCCGAGUCGAGGUCGUUCAGAUUCAAUGCAAUAUGGUUCGCAUGGUUAUGGUGGUCGCACACCGGUGGGAUUUGCUCCCGAAGAGCUGAUGUUGGAGCCGUUGGAUACGUCUAGGUCGGGGGAUAGCAUAUCGGUGACGAUUCGGUUUAGGCCUCUCAGUGACAGAGAGUAUCAGAGAGGAGAUGAGAUUGCGUGGUACCCGGACGGGGAUAAGAUUGUGAGGAAUGAGUAUAAUCCUGCUACGGCUUAUGCAUUUGAUAAAGUUUUUGGACAGCAUACUAAUUCUCAAGACGUAUAUGAGGUAGCGGCUAAACCUGUAGUAAAGGCUGCCAUGGAGGGUGUCAAUGGCACGGUUUUUGCUUAUGGUGUGACAAGUAGUGGGAAGACACACACUAUGCAUGGAGAUCAAAAUUCUCCGGGGAUUAUACCAUUGGCUAUAAAGGAUGUAUUCAGCAUUAUACAAGAUACUCCAGGAAGAGAGUUUUUACUGCGCGUGUCAUAUCUUGAAAUCUAUAAUGAGGUGAUAAAUGACUUGCUUGAUCCGACGGGUCAAAAUUUACGUGUUAGAGAAGAUGCACAGGGUACUUAUGUUGAAGGUAUCAAGGAAGAAGUUGUUCUGUCCCCUGGGCAUGCACUUUCUUUUAUUGCUGCUGGGGAAGAGCAUCGUCAUGUGGGAUCAAAUAAUUUUAAUCUGUUGAGUAGCCGAAGUCACACCAUUUUCACACUGAUGAUUGAAAGUAGUGCCCAUGGUGACGAAUAUGAUGGAGUUAUCUUCUCUCAACUUAAUCUGAUAGAUCUAGCUGGAUCUGAAAGCUCGAAAACUGAAACAACUGGGCUACGGAGAAAGGAAGGAUCUUACAUAAACAAGAGUCUUCUUACUCUUGGAACUGUGAUAGGAAAACUGAGUGAGGGAAAGGCAUCUCAUGUUCCAUAUCGUGAUUCUAAGCUUACUCGUCUUUUACAAUCUUCAUUAAGUGGGCAUGGGCAUGUUUCACUUAUAUGCACCGUAACUCCUGCAUCAAGCAACAUGGAGGAAACACAUAAUACAUUGAAAUUUGCAAGCAGGGCAAAACGAGUAGAAAUAUAUGCAUCAAGGAAUAAGAUAAUUGAUGAAAAGUCUUUGAUUAAGAAGUAUCAAAAAGAAAUUUCUACUCUUAAACUAGAACUUGAUCAGCUAAGGAAGGGUAUGCUUGCUGGUGUCAGUCAUGAGGAGAUUAUGACCUUAAGGCAGAAGUUGGAAGAAGGUCAAUUCAAAAUGCAGUCAAGACUUGAGGAAGAAGAGGAAGCGAAGGCUGCUCUUAUGAGUAGAAUUCAAAGGCUAACAAAGCUCAUUCUUGUUUCUUCAAAGAAUACAAUUCCAGGAUGUUUGAGUGAUAUACCCAGCCACCAACGGAGUCAUUCUGUUGGUGAUGAUGAUAAACUGGAUGGAAGCCGUGAGAGUUCCAUACUUGCUGAGAAUGAGAAUCUGGACUCUCCUUGUCCUGCCUCAGAUCCAUCUUAUGAAUUGAAGCAUAGAAGAUCUUCCAGCAGGUGGAAUGAAGAACUCUCACCAGCUAGUAGUACCGUUACUGAUUCAACUCAAGCGGGUGAACUUAUCAGUGGUUCAAAAUUGCUUGCCGGUGGGAUGUCAAUGUCUGAUCAUAUAGACCUUCUUGUUGAACAAGUUAAGAUGCUUGCUGGAGAGAUUGCAUUCAGCACAAGCACCUUGAAACGAUUGGUGGAGCAAUCUUCUAAUGAUCCGGAUAGCUCGAAAUCUCAAAUUCAGAAUUUGGAACGUGAGAUCCAAGAAAAAAGAAAGCAAAUGAGGGUUUUGGAGCAGCGUAUUGUUGAAAGUGGUGAGGCAUCAAUUGCUAGUGCAUCUAUGGUAGAAAUGCAGCAGACAGUAAAAAGAUUGAUGACCCAGUGUAAUGAAAAGGGUUUCGAGCUGGAGAUAAAAUCCGCUGACAACCGUAUUCUCCAAGAGCAACUGCAGAAUAAGUGUGCAGAGAACAAGGAUUUACAAGAAAAAAUAAAUAUACUAGAGCAGCGUUUGGCUUCAGUAAGUGGUGAUAAGUCACUGUCAUCUGAACAAUGUAUGUCCGAGGAAUAUGCUGAAGAGUUGAAAAAGAAAGUACAAUCACAGGAGAUUGAGAAUGAAAAAUUAAAGCUGGAACAUGUUCAACUCUCCGAGGAAAAUAGUGGUUUAGGAGUCCAGAAUCAAAAACUGGCCGAAGAAGCUUCAUAUGCUAAGGAACUAGCCUCUGCUGCAGCUGUUGAGUUGAAGAAUUUGGCUGGUGAAGUGACAAAGCUCUCACUGCAGAAUGCAAAACUAGAAAAAGAAUUGUUGGCUGCUCGAGAGCUGGCCAAUUCCAGAAAUGCAAUUGCACAAAAUGUUAAUGGUGUUAACCGAAAGUAUGGUGAUGGAAUGAGACCUGGGAGGAAAGGGAGACUCUCUGGUCGUGUUAAUGAAUUAUCAGGAAUGCCUUGUGAUGAGUUUGAAUCGUGGAAUCUUGAUCCAGAAGAUUUAAAGAUGGAACUCCAGGCAAGGAAACAGCGAGAGACAGCUCUUGAGGCUGCCCUUGCUGAAAAGGAAUUUGUAGAAGAGGAAUACAGGAAAAAGGUUGAAGAGGCAAAGAGAAGGGAGGAGGCUUUGGAGAAUGAUUUAGCAAACAUGUGGGUGCUUGUUGCAAAGUUGAAGAAAGAGGGUGCUAUUCCGGAGAUGAAUGGUGAUGAGAGACCGAGCGAAGCAUCAGAAAAUAUGAAUGAACUGAAAAUGAAUGACACUGUCAGUUCUACAGUUCCUAAGGAGAGGCAAAUUUCAGAUAUUUCUGAACCAACUGAUGAACCUCCAAAAGAAGAACCUCUUGUUGUCCGCCUUAAGGCUCGGAUGCAAGAGAUGAAGGAAAAGGAGCAAAAAUACCUAGCAAACGGAGAUGCUAAUUCCCAUGUGUGUAAAGUAUGUUUUGAGUCACCAACUGCGGCAAUUCUUCUGCCAUGUCGGCAUUUUUGUUUAUGUAAAUCUUGUUCACUUGCUUGCUCUGAGUGUCCCAUUUGUCGCACAAAGAUUGCGGAUAGGCUUUUUGCAUUUACCUCUUGACGCUGAGUUGCACCCUCCAACGAAGGGUUUGUCGUCAUUUACUUGUUUCUUAUAUUCUGUGCAAAAGUGGGUGCAGAUUAAAUUCUUUCAUUAGUUUGCCUGUAUGUAUUUGUGUAAAAGGUAUAUCAAUAUUUUGUUCCUCUUCCCUAGAGGUUGUACAAUAAGGGACAAAAAUGAAAAAAAUAGAGAAAGUGGGGGGAAAAAAAUGAAGGGAAAAAAAGAAGGAACUAUCACAUUUGGGAACUUAGACGCAAGAUGUUGCUUUUAUUUUUUUUAAAGAUGCAGCAGAAUGUGUGAUUGGUCCUAUGUUCAUUGCCGUGUAUAGAAACAAUAUAAUUGUGCUUAAGGAGCAAUGCAAUUUCCUUUUGCAA